AUGACCGAAGCAACAAUCCGCCUGGCAACAGCCGAGGACGUCCCCAAAAUCCUCCAAUUCAUCCAAGAAUUAGCCAUCUACGAAAAAGCUCUCCACGAAACACCCUCUCAUUCGCGGGCGAGCCCCCCCAAACGCGGCUCAGUCUACACAGCCCUAAUCACUCCCCCCGCCACACCCACCAACACUAACCCGGAACCCGUGGGCAUGGCUCUGUACUUCUACAACUACAGCACCUGGCGCAGCGCGCCGGGAAUUUAUCUCGAGGACCUCUACGUGCAGCCUGAAGCUCGGGGGAACGGGUAUGGAUUUAAGUUGCUCAAGUACCUCGCGCGCCAGGUUGUUGAGAUUAAGGGUCGGAGGUUGGAGUGGAGUGUGCUUAAGUGGAAUGAGCCUAGUAUCAAGUUUUAUGAACAGGUUGGUGCUAAGGGGAUGGAGGAGUGGAUGAAGAUGAUGGUUGAGGGGGAGGCGUUGGGGAAACUUGCUGAGGGGGUUUAG